CAAAGUUCAUUUAAAUACAUCUUUUCAAUUUAAUCUUAUCAAAUUUAAUCUUUAUUUGUAAGAUCUUAAUCAAAACACUUCAAAAAAUGUAAAUGUAUGAAAAAUCAUUUAAUCUGUACAAUCCAAUCAAAUUUGUUAAGGAGCAAUAUCUAAAGUUCACUCAGUUAAUUGACAUCUUUGAUAAAAUUAAUUAUAUUCAAAACUGGAAAAACAACUCCAUGGGAAUAAAUGUUAGGAAGAAACUCAAAAGAGUUAAAGAUAAAAGGCGCACAACAAGUCAUCCUUGUCCUGUCUGUGGGAAGACUUAUGUCAACGAAGGCUCUCUUCACAAACAUAUUGCGAGUCAUCCUGAAUCUGCUUCUUCCAGUCCACCAGUUCGAAUGUGGCCAUGUUCAGUGUGCCAGAGUGUAUUUUCUCAAGAAGCAGGUUUACUUCAUCACAUGGAAAAUAUGAGAAUGGAGCCAAAGCACCAAUUUGCAGCACAAUAUGUUUUGAGUAGAGCAGCAGCAGAGAAGAGAGAAAAAGCUGCUACAACAGUUGGAUCACCAUCUACUUUACCUAGCACAUCAAUGAAUAUUUCAAAUGAUUCUACUAGUUCAAGCAAUAACGGUGGUAUGGAAUUUCAAGGAUCAAUUGCAUCUACAAGUUCUCACACUCCAGCAAUACUCUCUGCUUCUUGUUCCCUUCAGAUGCAGGGACCUGGAAAUCAAUAGAUAUUUUGUCUUUAAUUGGCAACUGCAGAGAAACUGAUGAGCUUGUGAGGUAACACAGAAAUUAAAUUGUGAUAACUUUCAGACUUUCAAAGGAAUACAAUUUUCGUAUGAAUUUAAAGAAUGAAACAGUUGUCUAGGAAAAAAUAAUAAAAAAAACAGCUUGUUAAUGGAUGAAACAGGGUGUAAGUAAGGCAUUUAAAAUGCUGCU